GUCCUGCAGUCAGCCGGUCUGCCUUCAGAGGAAACACUGCCUGCGGGCUGCUCAGCCGACAGGAACCCAUCGAACACCCACGUCAGGAUGCUGGGCAGCACCGCUGGUCGGAAGCUGGACCUGUCCGAGCUGACGGACGAGGAGGCCAAACACGUGUGGGACGUCGUCCAGAGAGACUUCCACCUCAGGAGGAAGGAGGAGGAUAGACUGGGGGAGCUGAAAACCAAGAUUGAGAGAGAAGACACCAAGAGAGAGCUGCUGGGGAACCAAACCAGCCUGACUGAGUUUUACUGCAUCCGCUGUUUGCAGCCGUUUAAGUUCCUGGUCAGCAUCAAACGUCAGUGUUUGGACUGUCGGCUUCACGUCUGCCAGUCCUGCUGCCGCUACAAUAAAAAGGAGCGAGGCUGGGUGUGUGAGCCCUGCCACAUGACCCGGGUUCUCCAGAUCGGUACCUUGGAGUGGUACCACGAGAACGUCCGUGCCCGUUUCAAGCGUUUUGGCAGUGCCAAGGUGGUGCGGUCGCUGUUUAGGAGGCUGAGUGGAGAACACGGCUGCUCUCAGAGUGACCUCGGAGAAUCAUGCGAGUACGACGCACGGAGCACCCCGGACGUCCACAAUGGAUUUGAGGAGCACAGUUUGGACUCACGUCAAUUUAAAGGGACGAGAAAGACCAAAAGGCGGUUGACUGUUGAUCCGGUCGAUUUUAGACUCGGCUGUGAACGCUCCGACAGACGACGCCAGGACCAGAAAAUAAGAACUGAACUUGCUGGGGGACUUCACUGUUUUUUACUCUGUCUGCUUGAACCAAAGCCACCACCCUCGCAGUUCCUGGAUGGCCCCCGUGAUGUCAUGGACAGAGGUCAGAGGUCACUGCGGCUGGUCGAGGCCGAUAUGGCAGCUGGUUUUAACCAGAAGGUCCAGGAGCAGCACAGAGACUUAGACCUGGACCUGGACCUGGACCUGGCUUCACAACACGAUGACCUCAUGUUUGUGGAGAAUAAGACCGUCCCGUCUCGCUCCGCGUCCCGGCUCAGCUACUCCUCGUGGAGCAGCGGCGGCGCCGGAGGCCUCCGGGGAGGCGGCGGCAACGCACCCGGACUUUACGACUCUGAUCCAGAGGACGACCUCGGCCGACGGUACCCCGUCUAUCUGUCCCACCCAGGCCCGGACGGCCACACGUCUCAGGAGGGCCAGAACCCAACGAGCUCACCGCCACAGAUCACUGACCUGAACAGACGAAUGUCGGCCGUCGAGACUCUCCUUAGUCGCCUGGAGCUGAAGGUCGCCUCGUCGAGUAACGAGAACCUGGCUUCGAGCCCACAGACCCCAACUCCUCCUCAAGGGGAGGAGGUGGACCUGGAGGAGCAGCAGCUCAGGCAGAAACUGCACAAGUUGACGGACAACAUCAGUGACCAAAGUUCUGAUGAAGACAGGUCCAGCGGGCCACAGUCCUCUCAGGAGAUCCCAGCCUGGAGAAGCCCACAGGUGGACCUCAAGCCGUCCAGGAUUCCCACCAGAUCCAGUUCCAGAUUGAGCUCCAGGAGCUGCAGGUGGGAAGAGGAGCUGGAAAUGAACUCUGAGCAGAUGACCCGUUCUACAGAAAGCCCAGAGAGGAAGGAGGUGCCUCCGCAGGAGGCUUCGGCGCCGAGCUCCAGAGGCUCUACAGCGUUCCUCGAGGAGCUGGAGGACAAAGUGGCUCAGGCUGCAGCCGAAGUCCAGAACGCCCAGAGUCAGGUGUCUUUCAUCGAGGACAGGAUCGCUGCCCUGAACGCAGCCGAAGCACCGCUAGAGAGAAGAAGAAGAUCUGCGAUUCCAGUCCAGGCCAGACGAUUCUCCCAGAACUUUCCCACGAACCAGGUGGACCCGUUUGACAGGAACACGCUCUACCGGGGCUCCCUGACCCAAAGGAACCCGGCGGCAAAGCCCAAAACCCGAGCUGCCUGUGCGAAACCGGUCCUGACUCUGGGCUCAUGAGGAGGAGGCUGAGCAUCGUCUGACCUCGUUCAAUAAAGUUCGAAC